CUAUGACCCACAAAAUGUGCAAUGCUUGGCUGAAGAAGCAAGAAACAGGAAGUCACCAGAAAAGCAUGGCACUAUUUUGCAUGGUUUUAGGAUAUGGAGAAGGAAGCAAUCUCUAUGCCAUUUAAGGCAUAUUUAUUAUUUCCAACACCCACCUUUUAUUAUUUAUCCUCACCACAUCUCUAAAAUCCAAAACCCCAAUAUCUAAAUAAUUAAAUAAAUAAAAACCCUCCAAAACUAAAACCUCCUUAAUGCCAGUGCACACUGCACUCUUAUCUCUCUGCUGCUCUUUUCUUUCUCCUCCCAAAAAAGAACUCCCACUUGUUACAAACCCUUUUCAGCUUCAUCUCCCUUCAUUGCCUCAGCUUUUGGGCUUUGGAUCCAUGGUUUUCUUCUCUCUCUAAUUACUGUGUCUCUUUUGUUUCUUUGUACUGAGUAUUGAAUAUCGAGGUUUGGGUUUAUGUGGUUUUUGUUGUUUUAGUCUUUUUUUUUUUUUUGAUAAGCUUGUUGUUAAAUUAAUAGGAGAAGCAAUAUGUGGUUUUGGUCAGUGGGUUCUGAUCAAUGGUUUAUUUGUAUUCCUAUUAAUUUUACAAUUGGAUUCAUAGGUUGGUAUUGAUUUUGAUCAAUUAUUCACAGUGAAGAGUAGGGUUUUGGGUUUUUCUGCUUUUCUUAUGACUCUGCAUUGAAAGUUGUGGUUCAAAAGGAUUUGGAUGUUGUUGAGCCGUUGUUGAAUUGAGAUUGGAGCUAACCUUAUUAUAGGAGAAGAAAGUUAAAUUUGAAUUUUUUAUUAUUAUCAAUGGGAUCAUCUGGUUUUUUAUUGAUAUGUAUUCUCCAUUCUGGGAUUGCUCUGACUUGUGGAGCUUUAAUGAUGUUUUACUCCCAUGAGGUCUAUGUGUUUGGCUAUGGCCUCGAGACCGCGAAUAAGCUUCAAGGAUCAACACCCCAUGAUCAGUUACUGAUUGGAACCUCCGAUUCCUUCUCGGGUUUGCUUUUAUUUGCAAUAGGGUCCCUUUUGUUCAUGGUGGGUUUUGUUCAGGACAGAGAGUUUCAGAGUUUUUUUGCCAAGGGAUGCGUGUUUCUUCACAUCUCCAUGGCUGUUUGGAGAGUAUAUUUUGGGAUGAAACUUGAGGAUCUUGCUUUUGAUUGGCCAAGGCAGGUUUUUGGGGAUUUUGCAUUGGCACUUUCUUGGGUUUUCUUUCUUGUGUACUCAUGGAGAGAGAAGUAUGAUUAGUUUUGCAGUCACUUUGUUAAGGUGCAAUCAUGAGGGAAUUCGAAUUGUUGUGGACAGUUAAUGAAGCUGUUGUUUUCUCCCUCUGCCUGCUGCUUGAUUAUACUUUAAUUGGGACAUAAUUGAAUGAGUUUGAGCUGGAAUUGAUUUUGAACUCUGGUUUUCACCCAAGUGGAUUUUAUUGGUUUUUCUGUCCUGUGAAGUUGCAGGGGUAUGUUGGAGUAGAAGAAAAUUGGAGACACAGCACAUGUUGAAUUUCAGGUAACUUAAACCUUGGUUAGAGUCUGAUUAUGCUUCAACUCCAAGAAAGUGAAAUGGGAUCUGGGUUGCAAUCUUUGCUCAAAUCUUUGAGGAUCUUAGAAAUGCUUUAGUUUCUGUACUUUUGGCAUCAUGUAAUGAAGAUCCUUGUAAAUUGCUCCACUUAUAUGUCAUCAUGUACACGACAAUGAGAAUGUUUAAUUCCUGUUA